AUGAGAGUCGCGAUAGGAGGAAGGAGAGGGCACUCUCGUAGCACCGAUGAACCACCAAAGCCGGACAAGAGCAAGCUGUGGUGCUCCCACUGCGGGAAGAACAAGCACACGAGGGAUACUUGUUUCCUUCGGGUGGGAUAUCCAGAGUGGUGGAAUGAGAGGCAAAAGGCGAGAGCUCAGGCGAAAUUCUCCGUGGUUGGGAUCGCCGAAACAAGGCAACGACAAAUCGCCCCAAUCCAGAACAGAGGAGGGGUAAUCGGAGGCGGAAACCAGCAGGGGAACGCCCCCCAUCCGGAAAACAAUGCUAGCGGUGGUGGCGGCGGCGUGGGCAGCGAGAUUCGGGUCGGGAAUUUCUUGGAACGAACUGGAGCGGCGGAAUCGCCGAAUUGGGGAGGAGGCGGAACGAUAACAGGAGGAUAUUCGGACGAGGAGGAUCGUUGGGCGUGGCACUGAGGACCAAGGACUCUACUACGUGGACGGGGUAGCUCAACAUGGCAGUGCGAUGCUGGCUCACGGGUCCACGAAAGAGGAGGCUUGGCUGUGGCACAGAAGACUUGGACAUCCAUCCCCGGGUUAUUUUAACCUUUUGUUUCCUGAUUUUACAAUUCCUAAGAAUUUUUCGUGUGAGACAUGUGUUUUGGCCAAGAGCCACAGACAAUCUUUCAAACCUUCAGAUACUCGUAUGAAAUUCAUAUUUGAUUUAGUGCA